GUUGCGGUUUCAGUUGCUAAAAAGCCACCACCGCCGGUACGGGUCGUGCGAACGUCUCGUUGCCCACCGCCACCGCCGUCGCCGUCGUAAUCGCCGUAGGUAUAAUAUCGUAUAUAGUAUUGUUAAACGUGCACCGCCCGACGAUAUCGUUAUCACACACGCAAACGUCGUCGCCGUGACGGUUAUGUCGAAAAAAUGAAAGCCGAAUGAAUAAAAAUCGUAAAUGUUUCAAGCACGCCCGUGCGUCUGCUAGUGUUAACACAUAAAAUUAUUAUAAUAUACCAUUGCCGCGCGUUAUAUUAUAACUGUAGAAAAUGCAGUAAUCUUGGUCGUCGCGAUCGUUGCUUUUUUUUUUUUUUUUGUUUUGUUUUGUUUUAUGGUGAUCGGUGUGUACAACAAUUAUUAUAUCGUUAAACAUUAACGUUUCCGGCGGAAUCUGCUGCAGCACAUCGGGGACCGGUAAGAGACGACACCUCCGUCGAGACUCGUGCGGACAACGAUUGGAUCGCACAACUUGCACAUAAUAUCUACCUCGCAUAACAAAAAAAUCGUGAGAUCCAAGAUCAAGAUGAUCGUCACUGGUACUUUACCUUUCCAAUUAAAUUUAUAACUCUUGGCGGAUGACCUUCGUACGUUUCAGGGAAAUGGUACCAAAUUUGUUCAUAGUUGCACUGUUUAUUAAUGUCCCCGAUUUAUGGGCCUCAGACAGACGGCACAGUCGCCACGCAUCGGUCGGUGGAGGGAUGACAAACCAACUCGAUCCUAGAAACACGGCUGCAAUAAAUACCACUGCUUCUAGAAAGUUCCUGCAGGAGUUUCUACAGGAUAUCCCUCCACCAAUUAUAGGCCCGGUGUUCGACAAGACUGUGCCGAAUAACGUGACUGGUUUAGUUGGUAGGACUGCGUACUUACAUUGUAGAGUCAAGAACUUGGGCAAUCGAACCGUAUCGUGGAUUCGGCAUCGGGACAUACAUCUUCUCACGGCGGGAAGGUAUACCUAUACAAGUGACCAACGGUUUGAAGCCAUUCAUGAACCGCAUUCAGAAAACUGGUCGUUAAGAAUAAAAUAUCCACAAAAAAAAGAUUCUGGUAUAUACGAAUGUCAGAUAAGUACAACACCACCCAUAGGACAUCCUGUAUACUUAACCGUGUUAGAACCGACUACCGAAAUACUGGGAGGUCCAGAGCUGUUCAUUGAUCAGGGUAGCACGAUAAACCUCACCUGUUUGGUGCAGUUCGCACCGGAACCUCCGCCGACCGUCGGCUGGACGCACGAAAAACAACCCAUAAAUUUCGAUUCUCCACGAGGCGGAAUAAGCCUGGUAACGGAAAAAGGGUCAACCACCAGCAGCAGAUUAUUAAUUCAAAAGGCGUCGUCUUCAGAUACUGGCUACUACUCUUGCGAUCCGUCAAAUGCAAAUUCGGCCACCAUCAGGGUUCAUAUAUUAAACGGUGAACAUCCGGCCGCGAUGCACCACGGCCAGGGCAGCAUUCCGCUGUGCCCGCCGAUCAUCAGCGCCAUGAUCGUACCGUUUUUGCUCAUCUUUACUGCCAGAGACCUAUAGUACCGACAACGUACCCGAACUAUUUAAUAUUAACAUAUUAUUAUAUUAUAUUUAAGUGUAAUAAUAAUAAUAAUACACAUUAAAAUACGAUAUAGGGGGAAAAAUGUUUCUGAUUUAAAUGUAAAAUGCCUAUCAUAUAUGAUAUAAUAAUAUAAUAUUGUGUAGAUAUAUUCUCUGUGUAUAGAGUAUACUCAUGGAGCAAUGCGCUCAAAAACGUCGACGAUGCAACGGACCGUUUUGACGUGAGAUCUUAUGUUUUAUCUUUUGGGUCGGUUUUCGUUGCAUCGUCGCGUGUCCGUCUUGUAAACGGCGUGCUAGCGCGACACACGAGCGCGUAUUUAAAUGUAAUAUUACCUAUUAUCAUAAUAAUAUUGCCACGUCCGUCGAUGAUAGUUUUUUUUUUGCGUUACCCUAAAGUGACAUCGUUAUAAUAUAUUGAACAUACCCACCUAAAUGUGUAUAACGAUAAUAUAAAAUAAUAUAUUACUUAAUAUUAUUAUACAUUACCGUCGUUUAUUGUCGAACCGUGCGCGACCGUUCAACGCGAUAGGUACGGUUAGGUGCCCUCUGCCUACGUAUACCUACGAUAUAUUUGUGUGUCACCAACGCCGUCAAAAUUUCUUCAUCAUAGUUCAUUUAUAAAAUCAUUCAAAAUAGAUUUUACAACACCGUUUUAAUGACUUUAAAUGUCUACGGUGCACCUAUAGUGCUUAAUUAUUGCGAACACAUCCGAACCCAUUAUAACGCAAUAAUACAAUUAUUGACUUCGUAAUAUGAAUUCCCACGUAUUCCGACAUGGCAGACGUUUCACUGUGAAUCGUAUUUAAUCGCUGUAAAGCAAGCAAUUGUUCAAAAAUUAAUUUUUUACACUUCAAAAACGAUAAAUAAUAUAAAAUAUUUCUUUAAAGUUCUUACGGUUUUGAUUGUAAAACGACUAUGGUAUUAUAAAGCUACCUACUAUAUAAUAUAUACCUAUUAUAUAUAUUAAUAUUAGUACUUCAUCAAUUCGAUCUCAUGUAAUAAACUCAACGAUACUUUUGUAUUGAAAAUAAAACUAAUUAUUGUUUUGUUUGGAGAUACCUAUCAUAAAAUUGUUACAAUUACCUAGUAAUUAUUUUCUUUGCAUUCUUUCAAGUCAAAAUAUUAUAUGUUGGGUGUUUUUAUAGGAAAAAAUUCGUAAAGACAUAAUAUAUGAAUAUAAUAUAAAUUAUAAAUACACGAGCUUGACACUCGCAGGCCAUAUCUUGAAUACUUAGUGCAUAAUAAUAUAAUACAUAAUUUUUUAAUAAUAUAAAAAGUUUAAAGUUUAAAAAUAUAAAGACAAUGCCUAAUUUAAACACACCAGAACUUAACGUUCAGCAUAAAUCAUAUACUUUUUCAAUAAUAAUUAUUAUUCGAAUAAAUAUUUUACGCAACAGGUAUAUGUUACAAUAUUUAAAACCGUUUGUUCAAAAUCGUAUAAUAAAAAAAAAUAAUCUAAAACAAUUUGUUUGUUAAGACCUAUGAUAAAUAGGUUAUAUUAUAGAUAAGAGAUAACCAAACAACUCAAAUAAUGUGGAAAAAUAAUAAUAAAAAAAGUUCUUACCACUCAUUUAUUGUGUAAGACUUAAAAACUAAAACCUGUUAGAAUAGUAUAAGACACUUACUUAUAAGUAUUUAUAAAAACGUAAAAUUAUAGGUCUAUAAUAUGAUAAUGAGUAUAACGAUUAAACAUUAAAAGAUGUCUGAUGCCUAUAAGUAAAUCAGUGGCCUAAAAUCUAUGUUGUUGUUUAGUUUUAGUUUACACAUAUUUCCUCCAAUUUCUACACUAGAUUAUCAGAAUAUCGUCAAUGUGGUAUGAAUAUUUUUUUUUCAAAGUUUCCCUAAAAUUAGAAUCUUAACUAUACCAAUUUACAUAUCACAGAAAUAUAAUUAGAUUAUAAUAUAAUACGCUGUAUAAAAAAAAAAACUAUAUUAAUUAUGAUUCGCCAGUUUAGUCCUGUAAUUUUUUACAAAGUAUUAAAAACAAAAACUUUAAAACUGUAAAAGAUUUUAACCUUUCAUGCAAUAAACCUAAAUAAUUUGAUUUAAAACCACUUCAACAGCUAUCAGUCUAUGCAUUACGAUACCAUUUUAUUUUUUCACCGCGAUUCAUGUAAAAGUAAUUACAUUUUAUGACUCGGACAACAAAGUUUUUAUUUUUUGAAUAUCUAAAAACCAUUUUUUUUUUCAAGGUAUGUAAACAUGUAUGUACAUAUUUACAUAUUUUGUUAUGUACAUUAUAAUAUACAUCAAUAUAAUGUAUAGACAUACUGUUUUUAUUGUCGUCGAGCGUUAUUGUUAUAAGAUCUUUUUUUUUGUUUUUUAAACUUAUAUAUAAUGUUGUUAAAUUAAAUUAGAAUGAAAUACGCAAACAAACACUCACAACACACAGGGUUGUCACGCCAAGAGAAUAAAACCGAUCAUUAUUUAAUUUAUUUGUAUAAAAAAAAAAUAGUUAUACGUAUGAUUGACACAAACUUACAAUUUAUAAAAUAUACCUAGUUGUUGUUUUUUUUUUUAUUUUUAUUAUUAUUAUUAUUAUUAGAUAAUUAAAAGUAUAAAUUAUAUACUUACAAUAUGUAUAAAAUAAAGUUAUUAGCAUAAAGUAAAUAAUAUUAUAUAGCAUAGAUAUUUUUUUCUAAAUACGUCUGAAUCUAAUAUUUAGAUCAUGAUUAAUAAUGUUAUAAAUUAUAUUACAUACCUAGUUACCAGAUAUAUUAUUAUUAUACAACGGUAUUUUGAGAUAAAAUCCAACUUUUACUUCACCAUAAUCUAUAUUGUCAACUUUUCACGUCCAGUUUUCUUAUAAUAUGUAUAAAUAUAAUAUAUAAAUAUCAUCUUUGAUAAGUCUGAAUUGUAUUUGAAAGAAACGUUUAAUUCCCCAGUGACAGCCUAUACGAAGAAAACUUUAACACUGUGUUUCAUUAUUAAAAGAAAAAAAAAGUAAUAAGUUACCUAUAAAAUAUUAAAAUGUAUAAAAUAAAAAAAUUUAAGAUUUGUUUUUGUUUUAAGAAAACUAACAAGUUUAUGUUUAGUAUUUAUUUUGUACUUACUUGUUUAUAAUAUUAGGUUUAUAUAAUUACAUGUAUGUAUAUAAUUUAAAAUUAUUGUACAGUAAAUCUUAUCUUCGUUUUA